AUGAAGCUGUCCACGACCACCACCCUCUUCGCUAGCCUAGCAUGCCUAGUGUCCGCCUCCGCCCCGGCCCCGCCAAAAGCCUCCCUACAAGCGAGCAUCGCUACCGCUGGCAAUCGCGCCAUCCUCGCUCUCGAUAACGCCAAAAAGGCUGUGUCCACGUUCACAGACAGAGUUCAAGCUACCACUAACUCACUUGAUAUCGACCCAGCUGUGAAAGAGGAGUUCAACACACGCUUUAUUAUCCUAAAUCGAGAACUCGAACAUUCGAUCUUCCGUGUGGAAGGUCUCGUUGAGCGGUUUGGUUCUAUCCACAUGAAAGACGACGGGGAGACACUGCGUCUCAACCAAGACGACAGUGAGUCACCGCGUAUCAACCAGGACACGCCUUCGCGUAAGCUUAAGAAGAUAACGGAUCGAAUCAGCGCUAUGUACAAGGAAUACCCUGAUUUCGACGAUAUGCCCGAGGUUUAUCAGACUGAGAUGAACGCGCUGUGGGAGGAGUUUGCUGAGCAGAUGAAUCACGUUGGUGAUCUCCCGCUGGGCUCUAACGAUGGCCGCGUGUACAUUUCUUCCAAGUCUCGUAUUGCAAAAAGCUCGGAUAAGUCCGAUAAAACGUCGUGUCCAUUCAUCAAGUUGUGGAAGCGACUUACUGACCGCACGUUUGUCUUCCAGGGUGGUGAGAUGCUUGAAAAGAAGAAAAGCAAGGAGCAAUCGAAAGAGAGGCACGCUUUGGUCGUUGAGCUAAACAAGGGAAUGUUUUCAGUUUCGGACGGUGUUGCUAAGCGGUUGGGAUCUCAUGGUGUGGACGAAACAGAUGAAGACGAUGUACUUUCAAAGGAUGAAUUGGCGCAAGUACAAAGCGAGCUGAGGAAGCUCGCAAGCUAG